AUGGAGUCUCCUGAGAAUACAGCGGUCUCUGAACGUACGAUCCUCGACGACGACGAUGACUUGUCUCAUCAUGAGGCAGACAAGGAAGCACAAAUCUUGUCACUGGAGGAAGAAUGGGCACCACCGUCUUCAAAUUCUCACACCUCAGAUGCCAACCAGGGCAGCCAGGAACUUCAGUCGCCAAAGUUAACAGCCAAACAAAAACAGAAACUUGAGAGGAAAGCAAAGUACAAGAAGUCCUCAAAGAGUAAGAGUUCUGGACAGCCAAAGCCUACUGGAUUCGAAGACUUCUAUUGCGAACCUGUUUUAACUCCUGAGGGAUACAACGUUGAGAGAAGUAUUUAUGACAGUGACCGUCCCGCGAUUUUUCGGAUCCAGGAAGCACUGAACAGAUACCAACAAAAGCGUCGACUGCUCACUGAGCGCAUGCAAGUGUUUUCCCAGUAUCUCAGAUAUGGCGGCGUUGACGUCUGUGCCAAAAUGUUUGGAGGGGUUUCUGAGCAAGAGUUAAAAGCAAUGGAUAAAGAGGGGAUCAUCACUGCUCGCUCCCAGACGGAUAUCAGCGUUGACAAGAUGAAACUGGACGUGGACUUUGAGCUCGUCGCCAAAAGUUUUCUUUCCUUCUAUUUUCCCGAUUACACCUCCCCGGCCAGCCUUGAAAUGAUCAAGAUGGGUACGAAUACGAUCAGAAAUUGGCUCAACUAUCUUCUCUACCAUGAAGUACUCCCCGAAUACGCAGAUAACAUCAGGGCAGCCCGAAAGUACUGCGACCUUGCCGAAAAGCAGCUAUGGGACAAUAUACGUUUACUAUCAGUAGCCCCAGGCGACUUCAAUAAGGCUAGCUCAGUCCUUUUCGGGGGCUAUUACCACGGCUUACCUACAACAGCUCAAGGAGAGCAACCGGGAGCGUGGGGAGGUGAGAAAUUUGAAAAUAUGCCCAUGACAGCAGACAUUGCAAAGAAAGUAGUCCUCUUUGCACUGGCCUGCAGCGGCUCCGACGAACAGGCUAGUAGGUACGUCGAGCUUUCGAAUGCCGGCCAACUCUCUGCGAACCCCAUUCGAGACAUCGACGGCUUUGAAGUAAUCGACAUCCUCCUACCCAACGCCGGAGUCCGUGAGUUCUACAACCGUGAAGCACCUGACCUCAACCCCGUGGGCAAAGUGCGCGGAAAGGCAUGGCGGAAUCCGAGUGAGCCCGCAAUCGACUUGGCGCCUGGGGAGACAUUGCCGAAUAUUGACAAGCUUGAAUUCGAGUUUUUCGUUGAAGAGCGUCUUCUUCAGUAUAUCUACUUGGGGAUGAAAAUUGUCACGACAGUGUGGGAGCUCAACUGCGGGAUUUUCUUUUACGACGAGAUCAUGACGGCGUACUGCUCUUUCUACACUACGUUGCUGAACGAUUUGAUGCUGGGUUGGAAGAAUCCACGAGAGCUGAAGAGGGUAAAAGACGAUCAAGGCAGAGAUGAGUCAGUUGGUGAAGAAAGCGCUUUGGAAAAGGGUGAGUAG